AUGUUGAUUCCAAAACAAGAUAGAAAAUUAAUCCACCAAUAUCUUUUCCAAGAAGGUGUUGUUGUUGCUAAAAAAGACUUCGAACAAGCUAAACACGAUGAAAUCGAUACUAAAAACUUAUACGUUAUCAAAGCUUUACAAUCUUUAACUUCAAAAGGUUUUGUUAAAACCCAAUUUUCAUGGCAAUAUUACUACUACACCUUAACUGAUGAAGGUGUUGAAUUUUUAAGACAAGAAUUAAACAUCCCAGAAGGUAUCUUACCUUUAACCAGAUUACAAGGUGCUCCAGCUGAAAGAUCUCAACCAAGAUUCCAACAAAGAAGAGGUAACUUCAGAAGAAGAGAUUAA